AAAAAAAACCUUCGGCUUCAAUCUCACUGGGACCCAAUUUUAUUUUGAAAGACUUGCUUUACAAGGGUAAUAAUUUGCUUAAAAGUGUUAGGUACAUAAAAUAUCAUUCUAAUUUACAACAUAAGCUAGAAUCUUCAGAUUCAGGCAGGAAUCCAAAAGCUAAUACCCAAGCCGAAUCUCUAGGGCUACUAGAGGCUCGGCAUCAGACCCGGAUAGGUCCGGAAAGGACCAAAUAUACCCUCAAAAUCUCUGGUUUACACUCGGAAGUAGGAGAAUGGCUGGAGGAGGCAAGCCUGAUGGGAAAGGUGAUGGCAUUGUUGCCAAGACAGCUGGAUUUGCCAUCUUUGCAGGGAUUGCAGCAAGCAUUUUUAAGGCUUUUAAGCCUAAUAAACCUGUGGAUGAAUCCUCUUAUUCAGAUGAUAUUGUAGUGGAUCAGGUGAAUACAGAUGAGGUUGUGAAAGAAGCAAGCAGGUUUGGCUUUAACAAGGGGGGCGGCAAGAAGAAACCACCCCAAACCAUUGAAAUAUUCAAAGGAGACACUCUAUGGGGUUUGUCUCAGAAGUAUGGGGUUCCAGUUGAUCAAAUCAAAGCUGCGAAUGGAUACACUGAUGACACUAUAUAUGCUGGAGAGAAAAUCAUAAUUCCUUGAGAUGGUUAUUUGAGUUCAGAUUAUAUUGCGAAAGCUUGUACUGCAGGUUUUUGUUGAGGAUGUGUAGUCUGUACAAUAACUGUGUCUCCCAGUCACCUUUAGAUAUAAAGGUACAUUGUUUUGAAUUCUGAAAGUGAAUAAACUGCUUGGUAGUGAGUUUGUCACUUUAAGUGUAAGGAAACAUGUGAUAAACUAGUCGGUAUCUGGUUCUUGUAUCGUAUAGGUUUCUUGUCAAGCUGUCAUUCAGGGGGUUUCUUUCUUGUGUCCUGGUGGUGUCUAAUUUAUGUAUCCUGAAUAUCUUUUAAUAGAUACAAAGUCAAUGCUUUUAUGUCA